AUGGCACUGUACACAAGGAGUGACUCAGUACCAGACACGGCAUUAAUAGAAGAACUUCUCAAUGGGGACGAAGGGAAUGUCAUUACAAAUUCAUUUGACAAUCCAUUCCCCAAUAAUGCAGCCAUGCCAACAUCUACAACAUCCAACAAAACUUCUGGCAAGAUGGCAUCCCCAUCUAAAUGCUGCAUCACUUGCCUCAUGCUAGGCCUGGACACUAGGUUAUUGUGCGAGCAAAGCAAACCCAAUUUCAAAACCAACUUCAUUUUUUUCAGCCCAAAAUCACCUCCCAAUCUCGGAUAACUUGCCUCAAGGGUUGCUCGUUUAUUUCAUUUCUCCAGAACCCACUCAACUAAAUUCACGUCAUCCGGCAAUCCACUGAGCUUUACUAGUUUCUUACCACGAGCCACUUUGAGCAUAUCCAAUUCUGGCAAGCUCUAGUGCAAGAUAUCCAAAAGUUCCAACGACAUGGGUAGUUGAUCAUACAGUCUUGCAAGCCCGAAGUCUCCUAGCUGGCCAUUAAAAUUGACAUCCAGGAGGACAUAUUACUGGCCUUGACAUGAUGAAAUCACUGUAAAGAACAACUUUUUCCUACCCUUCAUGUAGAUAUAGAUGGCCUGAUGCAAUCCUUCUAAUGAUUUCGAUGGCGUUGAGCCUGAUUAAGGAUUAUGUCUUCGUUGUCGUGUAAACACUUGUCAAGACUUCCAUGCGGCAUAUUAUCAUAGACCAAUAGAUGCUCUCCCUUUCUUCUACAGUAGCCAAGGAAGGCAACCAAGUUCCUAUGCCUCAGCCUUCUCAUGCUGGAAAUUUCAGCCACGAAUUCCUUCAUCACUUGCUUCGGAUCACGAGAGACUCUCUUGAUUACUACUUGUGCAUUGGAAGAAGAAAGUACUCCUCUAUAACCUUGUUGAGAAAAAAUAAACUUUUAUUAUUUUUAUUAUUUGAGAGUUAUAUUGUAGUAUUUAGUCUAAUUGUUAGUAGAUCAUCAAUAACCAAGUAGUGGGAAACAAAAGUAAUAGUGGUGGGUUAAUUCUUCAAGUAGUUGAGGAGUAGAGUUUUUGUAGUUUUAGUGGUUACAUUAUGUGGCACAGAUAUUCUAUCCAUUUGGGCCUGAGUAAAUUGAAAGAGAUUUUGCUUUCUUUCAUCUAAAUCUCUUCCAUUAACUUUGUGUGAGCAGAAUAUAAACCU